AUGGAAACUCUUCUGGUUUCAGUAAGUUGUAAUAAAUAUUACUGUCAGUUAAUAUAUAUAAUUUUUUAGAAUAAUGCUAUGGAAAUCGAUGCUCUCAAUCGAGCUAUAAUAUAUAUACUUCGGCAAACGUAAGACAACUUUUAUAAUUAAUUUCUAGCCUAAUUUAAAAUAAGUUUGAUUUCUCAAUACAACUCAUAAACUUGAUAUUUUUCGAAUUUAGAAGAGAUUGUAUGCGCAGACCUAUCCGAAUAUCAGUUUACGAUAUAUUAUUGCAUGGAAUUGGAGAUAUUCAUAUUGUUUUGACGAAUUCUCAAGGUAAGCAUAAACUACUCUUUUUCUGAGUUUUAAUAAGUUUUUUUUGCAGUGCGCGGGAAUCUUGACGAACGUCUUCGCACACCAGUUGUAACUCAUGUAUGUUUCUUUUUUCCACAUUUUUUUCGAGUCUCGAAUCAAGAUUAUUUAGAACUCUUCAUGGAACUCGCUUUAUGUCAAACUCCAAAAUCUAACCACUUGUGCCUGUAUUCUUGCUGAUUCAAUUCAUUCGGGUAUUUUUAUUAUCAUCAUUUUUUACAUAGAUAAAAAUUUUACAGACCCUGAAGCGACAUCUGCUGAAUUGACUGCAUCGGAUCGAAUAAAAUUCGCCCAGCGAAUAAUGUUUUCAAAAAUUUCACUCGCGAGAGAAUUAAUGGAUUUUUGUUACUGA